AUGUCCUCCCUCGAGUCAAAGAAGAGACCCCGCCAAUUCCCCGGCGGGUUCAACGGUUUCCCCUUCGGCCCCGGCAACUUCCCCGGCAACUUCAGAGGCAACGCCGGCCCCCAGAUCGUCGCCACCGACCCCGCCGCCCGCGCCGGCGAAUUCACCUCGGGCUUCUUCCAGCCCCCGGUGCCACACCCACCCCGCCGCCGCCGUCCCGGAGCUCACCCCCGCCGCCGCCGGUCCCCAGCUCACGCUCAUCGCCUCCGGAACGCCAGCAGCCCCGACAGACGCCCCCGCUGCCCCGUUGUCUUCCCCGAGGCUCCCAUUUCUCCCGCGCCCGAGAGCGGGUUUGUCGACGGAGACUUUUCCAUAUCUGUGCCGCCCGAGAACUCGUCGGUCGAGCUGGUUUCCGAAAUGGUUGACGCUUCCGCCGCCGGCGAGGCGGCUGGCCUCCCGCUGCGAGCGGCGCGAGCGCGUGAACCGCCUAGCCCUCAAGCUCCGCCCCGCCUCCCCGACGCCGACAACAUGGAAAAGGGCCUCGCCACCUCCGACACCGUCUCCAUCCGCUCCUCCGCCACCACCACGUCCUACUCCAAGGCCUUCAACUCCAUCAAGGCCUUCGUCCGCCCCUCCACCGCUGACCAGCAGACCAGCUACGUGCCCAGCAUAUCCGCACCGACGGCCUACAGCGGGCCGCAGGCCGACAAACUCGCCGUGCCCCUCCCCUCCACCUGGCGAAGCUCCAGGCUGCGGGUUUGUGGACGGCGGAAGGAAGCGACACCGUCAACGCGGCCAUGGCGGCUGCGGCGGUGA